AUGUGGACGGGGAAGGGCAAUAACUACGCCUACCUUGUGACCGAUGAGCCGACUAAGAAGUCGGUUAUUAUUGAUCCUGCCAACCCGCCUGAAGUUGCACCGGAAUUGAAGUCUCAGAUUGAUGCUGGCAAGAUUGAUCUGACAGCCAUUGUUAACACUCACCACCACUGGGAUCAUGCUGGCGGUAACAAUGAUAUUCUGAAACAAUUCAAGGGACUCCAGGUCAUCGGUGGUAAGGACUGCGAGUCUGUUACCAAGACCCCCGGGCAUGGUGAUGAGUUCAAGAUUGGAGAUCGUAUCUCCGUCAAAGCAUUGCACACUCCUUGUCACACGCAAGAUAGCAUCUGCUACUACAUGCAAGAUGGAGACCAACGUGUUGUGUUCACAGGCGAUACUCUGUUCAUUGGUGGAUGUGGCCGAUUCUUUGAAGGAAAUGCAAAGGAGAUGCACAAGGCCUUGAAUGAGACCCUUGCAGCUUUACCAGAUGACACCAAGGUUUAUCCCGGCCACGAGUACACCAAGGCGAAUGUGAAGUUCUGCAUUGCGGUCUCUCAGACUGAGCCGAUCAAGAAGCUCCAGGCGUUUGCCGAGCAGAACCAGCAGACACAAGGGAAAUUCACCAUUGGCGACGAGAAGCUCCACAAUGUGUUCAUGCGUGUCCAUGACCCCGAGAUCCAGAAGGUUACUGGCAAGACCGAUCCAGUGGAUGUGAUGGCAGCAUUGAGAGAGAUGAAGAACAACUCAUAA